AUGAAGCAAGCGGUGUGUGCCCCCAGCCGGACAUCUUUUCUGACAGGUCGACGUCCCGACACAACUCGCCUUUAUGACUUCGGUUCUUACUGGAGAACGCAUGCCGGAAACUACACAACCAUACCGCAGCACUUCAAAGACAACGGCUACAUCACACUCUCAGUUGGAAAAGUUUUCCAUCCAGGUGCACCUAGUGGAAAGACUGACGACUAUCCAUAUAGCUGGACCCUUCCAGCAUACCAACCAUCCACACAAAGCUACUCGAACGCAAAGGUAUGUCCCGGUAAAGACGGCAACCUAUACGACAAUGCGAUGUGCCCGGUUGAUGUGGACAAGAUGCCUGAGAAGACUCUACCAGACCUACAGACACUUGAAAUCACUGAAAAUCUCAUCAAGAUACUCUCUUCAAAACCAAAACGUAUCAAAAGGCGGGAUGCCGCCCUUUAUUCUAAGCUUGAAGCGACUCUACAUCCACAGGGAUCAACAUCAAGACGAAGCAAAAGAGCUCCGGUUGUGAAUCUACCCUUCUUUCUGGCCGUUGGAUUCAGGAAGCCGCACUUACCGUGGAAGUAUCCCAAGGAGUUCCAAAAUUUGUAUCCGCUCGAAUCGGUAAAGAUCGCUCCCGACCCGAACAUCCCCGAAAACCUACCGACCGUGGCAUGGGACACUUUCAAACAACUCAGAAAACGAGAUGACAUUAGAGCAUUAAAUCUUAGCUUUCCAUUCGGGACCAUUCCUUUGGAAUACCAUGCUUCGAUGCGGCAGAAUUAUUACGCAGCUACAAGUUUCAUCGACUACCUAGUUGGGAGGCUCCUACAGGCGCUCGAAGACUGGGGACAUGAGAAAAAUACAAUUAUCUCUAUCGUAGGGGAUCAUGGUUACCAGCUAGGAGAUCACGGAGAAUGGUGCAAGACCUCUAACUACCAUCUAGCCACAAGGGCACCACUGAUACUUCAUGUGCCAGGGGUAACACAUAGGGAUUCUUUUGCUUCAAGGAAGUUUCCCCUCAUCGACCCACUGUCACCUUCUUUCCAAAGUAAUCUUUAUGAAAACAGAAUAAAAGAAGUCACUUUGGGAACUGGUAAAAGCUCUUCCAUAGAACAUCAUCAGACUAUUAACGAAAUUGAUUCUCGUUUCGAUGGCAACAAUUUAAAAGUUCCGAAGAACAUUGAGAACCAGACAAGAAAUGAAGAGUUCAAAUCGGCGAAAUCUUUCCGACUUUAUACAGAUAGACGGAAAGUAUUAUCGCAGAACAAAAUUGAAGAGUUUGUAGAGUUCGUUGAUUUGUUUCCUACUUUUGCCAACCUGGCAGGUCUUCCAGUGCCGCCUCUUUGCCCUCCAAACCCUUUCAAUGUGACAUUCUGCUCUGAAGGAUACAGCUUCGCACCACUUCUCCAAAAAGUGGCAUGCCUGAAUAACAGAGAUAUUGAUCAUGAGCGCCACGAACACUGUCAAGACGUUACCUCUAGGAAUUUCUCCAGAUGGAAAAACGCAACUUUCAGUCAAUACCCUCGGCCUAGUAUUUACCCUACUAAGAAGACCGACUUGCCACCUCUGGACUUUAUCAAGAUCAUGGGAUACUCGAUGAGGACAGAGAGAUAUCACUACACGGAAUGGAUCGGGUUUGAUCAUAUCACCUAUCAAGGGAACUGGUCCGAUGUGAAAGCAAGAGAAUUUUACCUGAACGACGAAGAUCCACGUCAAGAUAAUAACGUUGCUAAUGAGAAAUGUUAUCAUGAUUUGAUUGAGAAGUUGAGUCUUCAGUUGAGGAGAGGCUGGAGAGAUAGUCUUCCCGUUUUUAGGACCGGAAGCUGACAUGAUUAAAGUACAGUUGUGUGGCUCUUAACAUCACUGUACGUUAUCUGGUUAUUAUGGGUUAAAAACAAAUACAUCUAGCUCUUUCUUUUAAUCAGCAGUGCUCUAACUGUAUGGGACAUUUUGAUGAACUAAAUUUAUUAUUCAUUACUAACAUUACUACAACCAUUCAGGAAAAUAUGUGGGACCCAAAUGGGAUUUAUCUGGGCAACAAUAUGGGCCCCACAUGUGCCACUCAUAUGGGAAUGUACGGGCCCAAUUAUGACCCAUAAGGUAUACCAUUUGUACUGUCAUCCCCAUUAUAGGUCCCACAUGGGUCAAGUGAGUUGACGUAGGUUAAAUCCGGGCAUGCCCUCUUAAACCAAUGGGAAUCCUACAUGGCCAAUCUGGACCCCACCCCCCCCCCCCCCCGUUGACACAGAACUGUGUUUCUAUAUGGGUCCAAUUCGGGCCAUAUGGGUUAAUAAUGAUGGGGGCUUCGUGGUCCAGUGGUUAAGACUCUCGUCUUUCAAUCUGAAGAACGUGGGUUCGAUUCCUAAUUCAGCAAGAAAUUUACCCACAUUGUGCUGCACUCAACCCACUCAGGUGAGGUAAAUGGGUACAGACAGGAAGUAAGUCCUCAAAAAGCUGUGCGUACCGGAAUCGGUAGACUAGCUUAGCCGGGGUAAUAUAGGAGCGCAUUGAGCACCUUGCAAGGUGGAUACGUGCGCGAAAGAUACAUGUAACUCAUGAUAUUUUUGUCUUCUUCGUUACAACAAUGACGGUGUGAGCUAAUAAAUUGAGGAACUCGUCAUAUGGCCAAAAUUUAACGAAGGAAAAUGAAAAGUGAUAUAUUUUACUAUGUCCCUUUCUCCAUUUGUUAUCGUUAUGGGUGGCAUUUUCUUUUUCCAGUGCCAUGACAGUUGGAAUAGAGGAUGUGUCACACAUCCUCUAUUCCAAAGUGGUGACUUUGUGGUAUAAGGGAUUUAUAGGCCAGCCAUUAUCAAUUAAUUUUGUCGAAGCUCCAAAUUUCUUGUUGAGAAUCUUGACUGCUGGGAUGCAGGACCACCUGAAGAGCUUAAGUAGAAAGUCUUUUAAAUGGCCCAAAACAACAGAAGAUAUCAAAAUACCAACAUACUACACAAUUCAUUAUUAAAAAAUGAUAAGUGACUUGCUCAAAUUAGUGUUUAUUAUUAUGUUUCUGUAUUAAAUUUUGUUCUUGAUGAGGGUCAUAUGUUUGAAAAGCAAACUGGGUAUGGUGAUCAGUGGUAGAGCGUCAGCCUCAUGAACGGGAGGCCGUGAGUUCGAUCCCCAACAUCGGGUCAUACAAAAAAAUAUAUAUAUAGGAAUGGAACAUUCUGCCUUCUUGCUUGGCGCUCAGCAUUUAGAUUGGAGAAGGGUAGUGAUAACAUUCAUGGAAAUGCAGGGCCCGCUCCAGUUCCCUGACCGAAAUGGUUACCCUGAGUAAAUAAAACCUAAUUAUGAUUAUUAUCAUUAUUAUUAAAAGCACAAAUCUAUGUUCACAUAAUAUAAACAUAGUCUUUGUACCAAUCGGAAAUGAAUACAUCAAAUAGAAUAAAUAAGAACACCAUAGAUCCUCCAUAAUAGGGGUUAUCGAAUGCUAGAUUACACAAAAUCAGAGGAAAUCAAUUAGCAUUUACAUUUCAAAAAGAGCUGAUUUUUAUUUUCCCUUUGUAAUUAUAUGAUCAAACAUCAAUUUCAGAUUAAUAUAAGAUCAAACUUUUAUUUUCUCAUGUUUUUUUAAUUUUUCUAUACCGGCUCCCACGCGCCAUUCCGGAAGGCUCGGUGCGCCACCAUUUGAGAAUCCCUGAUAUAGGCCAAUAUGCAGAUUAUCCAGAGACGGAUCUAUCAUCAUAUUGACAUUUUACUCUAAUCACUAUAUUUUGGCGAUGGAUAUAGGUCAUUUUGUCUUCGCCUCCUCUGCCAGGCCCGGAAUCUCACUGCUGGGUGCGUUAUGAAAGGCUUUUCUUGUGUUCAUUGAAAACAAAUGUGUUAUGCACUGGCGUACAGGAGGUAGGGGGGGCUGGGGCCAUGGACACCCCCCCCCCCCAAAAAAAAAAUACGUCCAAGAAAAAGAGAAAUAAGAAAGAAAGGAAAGAACAUAUUUUUUUAUAUCAUUAAAUCUAUCAAAAAAUAAAGGUUUGUAAUAAAAUAUAUUUUUCCUUGAUUGCUUCGCUCGUUCGCAGCUUUUUUUAAAUUCUCAUACGCCAUGUCUAGCCCCCUCAGAAUGUUUGGCUCAUUGCUAUUGAUGUUAUGUACAUUAUACUUUAUUCUGUUCACAUUGGUUUUUUUUAUUAUGAUAUGUCUACACUGUCUUUACAUUGUCAUGUUGCGAAGACAACAUAAAUUAAAUAUCUUGUCUUGAAACAGAA